GAAGACUACAGAUCACUUUUGACUGUCGAUGGCAGACAACUCCCCGACCCCUUUGUUGACCUGAAAAGUGGCUGGAAGAAAGAGGAAGAAGGGAUGCAGCACUGGCCACCAACUAUGUAUGGGGACAUGGCAGAGUACCUUGUGGCUAAUGGAGAGGUACAGCUGCAGAAGAGGCUAAUGGGGGAUUACAAGGAUGGCAAAGCAUUUUCGUACUUUGAUUCUGGCUUCAUCAAUGAAGUUUUGUAUCAUCCAAUAAAUGAGAAUUCAAAUGUUUGCUUUGUAAAAUCAACCAGUGGCAGAUCACAGAGAAAAAAUGAUGAGGCACACCGAGUGUGGGUCGCACUCCAAAAAUCAACUGGGAAAAUCCGGACAGCGUACUGCAGCUGCUUUGCUGGUUUAGGAUCCACAUGCAACCAUGUUGCAGGUGUCCUGUUCAAGAUGGACCACGCAUGGGCAACCGGGGUCACAAACAAGUCCUGUACAUCAAAACCAGCAGAAUGGACCAAGCCCAGGAAGAACGCAAACACCGACGCACGGAAGAUCAAGGACAUGGAGUGGCGUAGCCCCAACUGGUCCAAAGGGAAAGACAGACCACCCAUCAACACCACAGCAAGAAAGCUGUUCAAACCUACGGGGGAAAGGUCAAAACCAAGCUUGGAGGAACUCAUGUCAGACUUGUAUGUGUCAAGCAAAGGUGCCUGUGCUUUCAAAUAUGGCAUGCCAACAGCAACUGCUGCUUUUCCCACUGAGCAUGACAUGAAAGUCGAAGACGUAGUAGAGCUAGAGACAUGUGUGAGUGUACCACUACCUCUCCCGGACUUGGUGACUCUUCCAUCACUACCAACAUUUAACACAGAACAAGUAGAUGCUCUUGCUAAGGCCACAAAAUCACAGUCAUCCAACCCCACCUGGAAGCAACAACGGGUAGGCAGAAUAACAGCCUCCAUGGCACGACCAGUCAUGGUUAUGGCAGACAAGUUUAAGGCUGGCUCCACCGUGUCGCGCAGUGUACUAGAUGCACUCCUUGGGAGGACGUCUGCCCCAUCUGACAUACCAGCAAUCAAGUAUGGUAAUCGUAUGGAACCCAUAGUACCACUGAAACAUCAGGAAGUCAGCAUGAAGACACAGUAUCUCCAAGUGUAG